UCUCCUCCACGUGGGAACGCAGGAUGGCGGCGGAGGACGAGGCGACAGCGGGCGACGUGCAGCGGCUACUAGUGCAGUUCCAGGAUGAGGGCGGCCAGCUGCUCGGCUCCCCGUUCGACGUCCCCGUGGACAUCACGCCGGACAAGCUGCAGCUCGUGUGCAACGCGCUGUUGGCCCAGGAGGAGCCUCUGCCCCUUGCUUUCUACGUCCACGAUGCUGAGAUUGUGUCCUCACUGGGAAAAACGCUGGAGUCCCAGUCUGUGGAGACAGAGAAAGUCCUAGACAUCAUCUACCAACCUCAGGCUGUCUUCAGGGUCCGGGCUGUGACACGCUGCACUAGCUCCUUGGAGGGUCACAGUGAAGCAGUCAUUUCUGUGGCCUUCAGCCCCACAGGAAAGUACCUGGCCAGUGGUUCUGGAGACACCACUGUGCGCUUCUGGGAUCUCAGCACUGAGACACCACAUUUCACAUGCAAAGGACACCGGCACUGGGUCCUGAGCAUAUCCUGGUCCCCAGAUGGCAAGAAACUGGCCUCAGGCUGCAAGAAUGGCCAGAUUCUCCUGUGGGAUCCAAGCACGGGGAUGCAGGUGGGCAGGCCCCUCGUCGGUCAUAGCAAGUGGAUCACAGCCCUGAGCUGGGAGCCUCUCCAUGUGAACCCCGAGUGCCGCUAUGUGGCCAGCAGCUCCAAAGAUGGCAGUGUACGGGUCUGGGACACAACGGCAGGCCGCUGUGAACGCAUCCUCACCGGGCACACGCAGUCAGUCACCUGCCUCCGGUGGGGAGGGGAUGGGCUUCUGUACUCUGCUUCCCAGGACCGCACCAUCAAAGUCUGGAGGGCCCAUGACGGUGUGCUGUGCCGUACUCUUCAAGGCCAUGGCCACUGGGUGAACACCAUGGCACUCAGCACAGACUAUGCCCUGCGCACAGGGGCCUUUGAGCCUGCUGAAGCCACUGUUAAUGCCCAAGACCUGCAGGGGUCCUUGAAGGAGCUGAAGGAGAGGGCACUGAGCCGCUACAACCUGGUGCGGGGCCAAGGCCCAGAGAGGCUGGUGUCUGGCUCAGACGACUUCACCUUAUUCCUGUGGUCCCCAGCAGAGGACAAGAAGCCCCUCGUACGGAUGACAGGACACCAGGCCCUCAUCAACCAGGUGCUCUUCUCUCCUGACUCACGCAUCGUGGCCAGUGCCUCCUUCGACAAGUCCAUCAAGCUGUGGGAUGGCAGGACGGGCAAGUACCUGGCUUCCCUGCGUGGCCACGUGGCUGCCGUGUACCAGAUUGCAUGGUCAGCUGACAGCCGGCUGCUGGUCAGCGGCAGCAGUGACAGCACACUAAAGGUGUGGGAUGUGAAGGCUCAGAAACUGGCCAUGGACUUGCCAGGCCAUGCAGAUGAGGUAUAUGCUGUUGACUGGAGCCCAGAUGGCCAGAGAGUAGCAAGUGGUGGAAAAGACAAGUGCCUCCGGAUAUGGAGGAGAUGAAGACUCCUACAGCUCUCACCGCACCUGAACUCAGCCUCUGCCUGCCCUGCUGGAGAUCAAAUGCAUGUGGCCACCUGCCCACGACAGGUCUCCCUGUGGCACAGAGUCACAGGAGGUUGUCUAAGCCAUGGGUCUCUCUCCUUGCUGGUGCUGACAGCAGUGGAAAAGCUCCGUGUUGGGCCUUUGUGGCUCCCACCUCCUAAGUUUCAGCAGUUCAGGCUUAGACCUCAAGCUAUGGGGCCAAAUAAAUAACUUAUAUUUUGU